AUUCAUCGGUGUGGUCGUUGUGUAAAUAAUACUAAUAUACGCGGUACACCAACAGGUCCUGAAAUCCUGAAAUAAUUAGUACAUUAUGCGGAACAUUAAUUGCGCCAUCUUGCUGGCAUUGUUUGGCCAGAUCCAUUAUGCUUGUGGACUGUCGGGGACAAAUCCCGUAAUUGAUACUAAAGUUGGCCCAAUUCGUGGUUUACGAGCGACUGAUGGCGAUUAUUCAAUGUUUCUCGGGAUACCUUACGCAGUUGUCAAUAAAACUAAUCCUUUUGGGGUCUCUUUACCGCAGCCCAAAUUCCAAGAAGUGUUUGACGCUUACAACGACUCUGCAAUAUGUCCCCAAGUUGAGGAAUUCAACAAUACUAUAGUUGGAAGCCUAGACUGCCUUCAUAUAAACGUUUAUGUUCCCAACACAGUCAGCCCAAACAAUCCGCUACCUGUACUGCUCUACAUCUACGGUGGUUUAUACAAGAUCGGAUUCGCAGGCAGAUACGUAUAUGGACCUCGUUUCUUAAUGAAACAAAAUAUCAUUUUAGUAACGUUUAACUACCGUCUUGGCCCGUAUGGGUUUAUGUGUCUUGGAACAUCAGACGUUCCUGGAAACCAAGGAUUGAAAGAUCAAAAGUUAGCCCUGAAAUGGGUAAAAGAAAAUAUAGAAGCGUUUGGCGGAAAUUCUAGUCAAAUUACGUUAUGUGGCAGCAGCUCUGGUGCCUCGGCGGCCGACUUCCAUUUAAUGUACAGUCACGAAAGAUUAUUUGACCAGGUUAUCAUGCAAAGUGGUACUGCUCUAUACCCCUGGUCCAUGUUGAAGCCAGAUGCAAUGGCACCAUUGAAGUUAUCUAAGCAUCUUGGCUCCGCCACCACAAAUAUUGACGAAGCUAUGGCAUUCCUGUCUACAGUUAGUCCUAGUUUAUUAAUUGCAGCUACGUCAGAACUUGGUCUAGCCUUUCGCCCAUGUGUAGAAAACGACACUAAUAAUGGCGAAAAGUUUAUAUAUGACUAUCCCGUGAACAUUAAGAAGCCGAAUCUUGCCAGAUUUGGUGUAACAGCUGAAGGAGCAUGCCAUGCAGAUGAACUCGGGUAUCUGUUUGACGUAUCUUACAUGGAUAAAAACAUCACAUCUGACGAUAAGUUGAUCAUCGACCGUUUGUCCACCUUAUGGGCGAAUUUUGUAAAAUUUGGAGCAUCAGAUGGAGAUUACUCUAUGUUUAUGGGUAUACCAUACGCUACUGUGGACAAGAGCAAUCCUUUUGGGCCUUCUACACCUCAUCCCGCCUUUGACCAUAUCUUCGAAGCUUAUGAUGACUCAGCAAUAUGUCCACAAAUUGAGGAAUUCAAUAACACUGUAGUAGGGACGCUGGAUUGCCUGCACGUAAAUAUCUACGCACCCAAUUCUGCCAAUUCAAGGAAUCGGUUGCCCGUUGCUGUCUGGAUCUAUGGCGGUGGAUUUUCAAUUGGAUUCUCAGGCAGAUAUUUGUAUGGACCAAGUUACAUUGUUAAACAAGACAUUAUUUUAGUAACUCUAAAUUACCGAUUAGGGCCUUAUGGAUUUAUGAGUCUAAAUACAGCUGAUAUGCCUGGAAAUCAAGGCCUAAAGGACCAACGAUUGGCCUUAAAAUGGAUUAAAGAAAACAUUGAAGCAUUCGGUGGUGAUUCUGAUAAGAUAACAAUUUUCGGCGAAAGUGCCGGUGGAGCAUCAGUUGACUUACAAUUUUUGUACAACCAGGAAAAAUUAUUCGAUAAAGUAAUUAUGCAAAGCGGUACGGCGAUAUGUCCCUGGGUGGUAAUAGAACCCGAUACAUCGGCACCUCUAAAAUUAUCUGAACACCUCGGUUUCAAAACAACAAACGCUGAAGAAGCAUUAGCAUUUCUGGCAACGGUUGAUACAAGCUUAUUAAUAGCAGCAACUUCAGAACUUGGUUUGAUGUUUCGUCCCUCUGUAGAAAAGGGUUUUGAUUCCGAUGACAAAUUCAUUUAUGAUUACCCUAUCAAUGUAAAGAAAACAAACCUCAGAAACGUGCCCAUACUCAUCGGAUACAAUAGUGACGAACGACUCACAACAUACGAAACACUUUCAUCCGCAGAUUUUGCAAAGUUAGACCUAUUUAAGGACCAUUUGAAUUAUUUUGAUCUAGAUGAUGAAAACCUAGUUGAAAUGGAAGCACUAUUAAGACAUUUCUAUAUUGGAGAUGAAGAAAUUAGUGAAUAUGUAAAAAAUGAAUUAAUUAAAUUCGAUUCAGACUUCUGGUUCAAUCAUCCAGUACAGAGAACUAUACAAAAAUAUUUAGACAGUGGUGCGAGGCAUAUUUAUAAAUACGUAUUUUCGUAUGAUGGUAAAAGAAAUUUUGUCAAAGACAGAUUAAACGUAACAGCGGCAGGAGCAGCGCAUGCAGAUGAGAUCGGAUAUUUCUUUGACAUCUCUUACAUGGCUCCACCCUCUUGGGAAGACCAAAUUAUCAUCGAUCGUGUGACCACAUUAUGGGCAAAUUUCGUUAAAUUCGGAAACCCCACUCCCGUGUCAACAGAGUUAUUGCCUGUACAAUGGCCGCCAGUCACAAAGGAAUCGCUUAACUAUCUGAAUAUCAACUUAGAUCUCAAAGUUGAGAAGAGGCAUUACAAAUCCAGGAUGGCUUUCUGGGAUCUGUUUUAUAAACUCAAUGGAAACGCCCAGAUUGGUUACGAAGAGAGUUCUAAGUAAAUUUAAAGUUACUGUGUACAUAAAGACAAUUUAUUAUACAUAUUUGGUAGGUAACUGUGUUUUCGAAGUAGGCUACCUCAUUAUUUUGCAUAGGUACUAGUUCUCUUUAUAGUAUCUUUGUAACAUUUGGUUACUAGGAGUAAUAGGUUUAAUAAUGUAAAUUCUUAAUAAAAUAUGAAACAUCUUA